AUAAAUGAUUAGAAAGGUAUGUUUUCAUUCAUUUUGCGCUUUUAUCAAGCAUGACUCUCUCUUUUUAUGCAAUAAGUUUGUAGAUAUGUUAUAAAAUAUUUCAUCAUCGUAAGAUUAUGAGUAGUUUCUCAGUCUGUAGAAACUCGGAUGCUCUCCGAGAAAGUGCUCCACCAGUCGGGUAAAGACAAAAUUCCCAAUCGGUUAAGUAGUAUGACCACUCCACUAAUUACUUUUCUGUACAUUUCGCUGAACUCCAUGUACAUUAUAAGAUUUCUUAUUCAAAGACAACGUUUAAGAUUGGGAUAUACCAGAGAGGUACAGCUCCACCCCUUUUCAAAAUCUUCGAUUAAUUAAAAAGAAAAUUCUGUGCACGACUUAAUCCUGGCUUUUUUUUUUUUUAUGAUUUAUGAAAACGCCAUUUUCCUGGCACGGUAAAUAUCAAAAUCAUAAAAAAAAAAAACCAGGAAAACGUCAGAUAUUUCGGACUAUGCACAACUAAGAUCUUGAGUCAUAUUGCUAUAUAUUCUUGCAUUGCCAUUUCAAAAUUGUAGUAUCAAAUUUUCUAACAUAUUUUUCAACUAUACUUCUGCCCAAAUAUACCUUCAAACAUUCAUUCAAGUCUCAUGCAAACGAAACUCAGAGUUUCAAAUUAUUAGCUCACCUGAGCCGAAAGCUCUCAAGUCAGCUUUUCUGAUGAAAAUUUGUUGUUGUUGGCAAAAACUUUUCACAUUAUUAUCUAUUUCUCCAGAACCACCACCAAACUUUGAACAAAACAUCCUUGGGUGAAGGGCUUUCAAGUUUGUUCAAAUGAAGGGUCAUGCCCCCUUUCAAAGGGAAGAUAAUCACAAAAAUAGGGUGGGAUCAUUUAAAAAUCUUCUGAAGAACCACUGGGCCAGAGGAGCUGAAAUCCUGACAUAGUGCAGAUUCAAAUUUGUUCAAAUCAUGGCCCCCGGGGGUAGGUUGGGGCCAUAAUAGGGGAUCAAAGUUUUACAUGGAAAUAAAUAGGGAAAAUCUCUAAAAAAAAAUCUUCUUCUCAAGAACCACUGGCAGUGUUCGAAAUGGGUUUAAACCUCAGUGUAGACCACGGAUCUAUGCCAAAACAAGAUGACAUAGACUUUAUCGAAUUGGCAUAGACCGUAACAUUGGGAAAAAAAUAACACAGAUUUAAAACAUUAUUAUUUACUUCUAAUGUACUUGGAAAGCAUAUUUUCUCUCCAUUUCCAUAACAAUGUAAUCCUUUCCUCAUAACGUUUAUCAGACGUCGACUUUUGGGAUAACUCUUCUGCUUUUAAUCUAGAAAAUCGGCAUAGACAAUUUGGUCUAACCCAAUUACAAUUGGCAUAGAUUGGUGUCAUUUAACACAGACUCGGUCUAUGGUUAAUUUUAAACACUGCACUGGGCCAGAAGAGCUGAGAUUUACAUGAAAGCUUCCUGACAUAGUGCAGAUUCAAGUUUGUUAAAAUCAUGGCUCCCGGGGGUAGGAUGGGGUCACAAUAGGGAUCAAAGUUUUAACAGACAAAUAUAUAGGGAGAAAAUCUUUAAAAAUCUUCUUCUCAAGAACCACUGGACUAGGAAAGUACAAAUUGACAUGAAAGCUUCCUUACAUAGUCACCGUGGACCAUCGUGACAAUGGGGAAAGAUUCAGCAACGCACGGGUUCCAGAUUGUUGAAGCAAGCAGUCUAUUUAUCAAAAAAACAGCAUAAAUGAAAGUUUUCUUUGUCUAAAACAUAUUGCACGGAAGGCAUAGAUGUAUUAAGAAACAGAAUAUGCCCCAUACUUUGAAUGAAAGUAGUUUCUUUUCUCAAACACUCGCACGAAUGUCUGCUUCAUGAGCUGAAUUCAAGGUUUGAAAUAAUUUGAGAAAGAACCAUGAUAAUGUGUCACAAGAAUAUAAAAAGACAUUAAAUUUCUUACUAAAUUGGGAUUCAUAAUAGUCUUUAUUUUGACGAUAUGCAUGAAAAUGAAAAUAACGCAGGGUGAAAAGAUAGAAGAUGUAGCAUUACCAAGGUGAAACGAUAUCAAAGAUUCCCAUAUUGAUUAAUAUCAUUUGCAUGAAAGCUUCUUGACAUAGUGCAGAUUCAAGUUUGUAAAAAUCAUGGCCCCUGGGGUUAGGUUGGGGCCACAAUAGGGACCAAAAUUUUACAUGCAUACAUAUAUGGAAAAUCUUUAGAUAUGGGCCAAGGUGACUCAGGUGAGCGAUGUGGCUCAUGGGCCUCUUGUUUUGUUUGUUGGUGUAGCCAAUACAAGUUCUAAUUGAUGGUAUUUUUCUACUAUCCAACUAUGCAACAAUUAAUACGUAUCAGUAUAACUAAUAUAAUCCUUAAGAUUUGAUGAAAAAUCAGCAAAAUAAACAAGGGAAUGUUGCUUGAGAGCAUACCUACAAUGAGCGUUUCAUAUAACCUGCAGAUGCAAUCGAUUACCAAACAUUAUUGGGUUGCUGAGACCAAAGUCAUACAAAGAUGGAAACUUGACGUGACAGUGAUUAAUAAAAUUUCAAUGACAAAAUUGGAGAACUGUAAAUGUGGAACAGAUACAUUCACCUGGGUCAAUGAAGAUGUCGGGUGACAUUUUUCAGUCCCUGGAAAACAACACCAGUAUUGAUGUGACAAAGUGGAAUCCUCUACAGUGUUACCUUUGCAAUGAGAAAUACGACGAUCCAUGUAUAUUGUCAUGUUACCAUAGUUACUGUUCCCAGUGUUUGAGGGGCAGGGCAGCAGAUAGUAAACUCAGCUGUCCACUAUGUGGGUGCGUAACAAGUUUAAAGGAUUCUGAAUCGCUGCCAUCACCUGAUCAUUUGAUGAAAUUCCUGGUGGAUCAAAGUUCCCAAGAGGACUUGGAGCCCUGUGCCAACUGCGAUGAGGUUUCAUCGGAAAUGUUUUUCUGCAACACCUGCUCCCAAGCACUGUGUCUUCCCUGUCGAACAGAAACUCACAAAGCCAAAAUGUUUGUCAGUCAUGAUGUCAUCAAUCUGUCCAGUAGGACAAAAGAAGUUCAUCGAGAAUGCUUAAUUCACAGGGAACCUUACAUCUUGUUUUCGACUGAAAAGAAAACCAUGCUGUGUAUCAACUGCUUCAGAGACAUGAAAAUAGAGAGUCGUUCACACUGUAUGGACAUGGAAACAGCGUAUGCACAAGGAUGUAAGAAACUAGACCAAACGAUGCAGGCCAUCAGGGAAUUGCAGAAUUCGGCCAGGGACACAAUUUUCCUUCUGAAGGCCCUUCUCUCUGAAAUACAGCAGAGCUCAGAGGACGAGAAGAAAGCAAUCACAGAUUUAUACAACCUUAUGAUGGAAAAGAUCACAGAAAUGAAAACGGACCUUCUUAAAGAGGUUGACAGGCAAUACCAAGAGAAGGAGAAAGUGUUCAAGAAGGAGUUAUCUACCUUGAGCACCUUAUUACCGACCCUUCACACCCACCUAGUCACAUGUUCAGCAUUCACUAGCUCAGCAAAUAGAUUCGAGUUUCUAGAUCUGGCAUAUAUUUUGAUGGAUCGCUUGAAAUCCAUAAUUAACCAGCAGCAUCCCCUUCACCCCUCACAGAGUGGCCAGAUCUGUACCGACUACAAAGUGCAGUAUUCUAAGUGUUUGGAACCCCUUCUGUUUCCCUCCAGGACCCCUAGCCAGUUGUGUAAUGUCAGCACCAAACCUGGCCCCAUCUCCAGCAUUCCAAGUUCCCUCUCCAUGACUACAACGAUCACUACGUGCACUAUGAACUCCCGGCAGCACUUCAGUGGCGGCUCUGUUCAGUUUGGUCGACGUGGUUACACACUACCCAAAAUCUCCUUCACAGACAUAAAAAGCACCUUUGCUGAACAUUGUGGAGAGUUUGAAGCUUCACACAAGCUUCUGUGUCAGCGCAUUGACAAGUUGAAGUUUAAUGUCCAAGAGCUUCAGAGAGACCUUACCCUCAGACGGUGUCUGGUCAAGGCGUCUGCUAUGGAGGACCUGCAGGAGGAAAUAGCAGAACUUCAAAAAGACCUGGAUGAUCUUUUCCUUCUGACAGAGAAAAAACAGCCAACAUUGGAGAAGCACUGGGAAGAUGUUUUGAAGAAAAUGGCCUCUGAACAAGAAGUUUACAAAGGUCAGUUGAGUGAUGUGCUUAGACUAAAGCAGGAAACAGGUCACAUGACUGCCAUUCUGACACAGCUUCAUUCCUUUGUGAAGUCCAUUGCAUCUGUCACGGAGAGACUGGCUCCAAAAUUGACACAGUCCAGUAAGGAGAGUGAUCAUGACAGCAAUAUAGCAGCCAUAUUUGAAGAGAUUAACACAAUGCAGCCAGAUUCUCAGCACAGAGUUGAUGCAAUACGUAUAGCAGAAGAGGAGAGGGAAACCCUAACAGCGGUUAACAGAGUUAACCCCCUUGAUGAGGAACUGAUUAAAACAAAGGGUAUGCUGAAAGCUCCGUCUGCCAGAAAGGAAAGCAGUUCAAGACGCAAUUCAACGAAGAGAGAAUCUGGUGAAUUCAAAGAAAGUCUGUCUGUAGACAGUUCACCCAUGAGGGAGAGUCUCCCUGGCGAUCAGUCGGCGGCAAAUGUCGAAGCUCAGGAAAUGGCUACAGCAAACAUGGAUGAUGAGGAAAGUUUCGAGGAUUUAGGAAAUCCAGAUAAUGUAAAAAGAAAUUUGGAACAAGUAAAGCUUAAUGACUUUAGAAGCACUGAAAUGAAUGAGUCCCAAUGUGAUAUAGAUGUGUCCAAGAUGAAAGACUGUCCAGUUGAGAAUGAGUCCCAAUGUGAUAUAGAUGUGUCCAAGAUGAAAGACUGUCCAGUUGAGAAUGAGUCCCAAUGUGAUAUAGAUGUGUCCAAGAUGAAAGACUGUCCAGUUGAGAAUGAGUCCCAUUGUAAUACAGAUGUGUCCAAGAUGAAAGACUGUCCAGUUGAGAAUGAGUCCCAUUGUAAUACAGAUGUGUCCAAAAUUAAAGACUAUCCAGUUGAGAAUGAGUCCCAUUGUAAUACAGAUGUGUCCAAAAUUAAAGACUAUCCAGUUGAGAAUGAGCCCCAGUGUGGUACAGGGUUGUCCAAAAUGAAAGACUAUCCAGAUGAAAAUGAGUCCCAUUGUGAUACAACUGUGUCCAAAAUAAAAGACUAUUCAGAUGAGAAUGAAUCCCAAUCUAAUACAGGGAUGUCUAAAAUUUGAGAAUUGUGCUGACAAAAAUGAUGUCCCAGAUUUUGAAAUCACAGACUGUGCUUCUGAAAUAGAGGAAAGUCAAGAUGACACUGGUGAUAAGUCAAAAUGCAAUAAGACAAAUAGUCAUCAAAAUAGGUUGUAAACUGAAAUGAUAUUUGAGAAUGUGCCAAAUAAUUUAUUAUUAGUGCUCUGCCAGAUGGCCAAUCUGUUCAUUUAAUAGUUCCUCUGUUUGUUCACACUUUCUAUGGCAAGUGAUAAUUUGAAAUUACUGCAGAAAAUUUUGAUAGAAUUUAAAGUUGAUACUCAGCUUAGGAAGAGAAAAACCCCUUUGGAAUUUCAGAUUUGUCAAUUUUGUCAUUAGGAGUUGUGGGACUUGAGGUGUUUUUUUUUUAUAUCAGUUAGAUGACAGCAAUUUCUAUGGCAUGUUAUAUGUUUUGAGUCCGGAAAAAAUUAAAGGUAGAUGUAUCAACCAUGCUGAUUCAACUAUCUGACCAGAAACAUGUAAUUCAGUGGUAGAGGCCUGAUGGAUAAUGUUCAUUGUGGGGUCUGUUCUGACUUGUCAAUUUUCUAGUUUUUAUUGCACAUUGAUAUUAAAACGGUGAUUAUUAUUCUGUAACAGGUUGUAGUUUGUGUUUCUAGUUGUUAUGCAAUUCUUACAAUGUUAAACACAUAUCCAGCAGUAUUAUUCAAACCCACUAUUAUGUUGGUGCAUUUGUAUAAAUGAUAUCCACUGUAUUUUUAAAUGCGAGUAUUUUUUUUAACAAAAUGUUGUUUUUCUAGUUCCAUCCCUGUCUUACAACUACAAGUUGUGUGGUAUGUUUACAGACAUUUUUUAUGUGGAAAUCCACCAUUGUAUUUGCAUUUUUCUAUCUCCUCAGGUUAAAGAUUACAGUGUUUAUUAACAGUCUUACUCAGGUUUGGUUACAGAUUGAACAUGCAAACAAUUUUUCUUGUGGAUGAAGUGUAGCUAUUUUUUAAUUUUAAAGACAUACUGUAUAUUAAUUCGUUUUCGGUAUAUUCAGAACAAAGAGUUAGUUUGUUAAACUCUAUCAAUACAAAAUGAAACUGUAAGUUCCUAUCAUUGAAGUUCCUAUCAUUAAAGUUCCUACCAUUGAAGUUUCUAUCAUUGAAGUUCCUAUCAUUGAAGUUUCUGUCAUUGAAGUUCCUAUCAUUGAAGUUCCUAUCAUUAAAGUUACUCCUAUAAUGUGAUGAGUAUCCUAGCAUCAAAGACAAAUGUAAACAAAAUUUGUUCAAAAAUAUAUUUUGGAAACCAAGACUUACAUACAUGGUUUACCUUUCUAUACGAAUCUGAUUGUACAAGUUACAAAUGUAUAAUCACGUUUUGUAACUGUUUUUUCCAGUUGAUCACCACCCGCCUCAUUUUUGUCUUAGUUCCUUUUACCCCUCUCAUUUUUUCCGCCUUUUUCUGUUUUGUUUAGUUUACUUUGUAUGUGAUGUAAGUUAAACACUCGGAGAUAUUAUCAUACAUGUACUUUUUCUUGUUGAUAAUCUUUUCAUGUACAGUGAGGUAACAUUAUUAUUUAGUAUAUAUUUUUAUACCCUCGAGAUCGAAGAUUGGGGGGCAUAUUGUUUUUGUCUUGGCUGUCAUUUUGUAAUUCUGUCUGAAACUUCAACCUUGCUAAUAAGUUUUGAACAGUAAGUGAUAGAGCUUUGAUAUUUCACACGAGUAUUCCUUGUGACAAGACCUUUCCGUGGUUACCAACAUUUUUGACCCUGUGACCUUGACCUUGGAGUUUGACCUACUUUUUGAAAACUUUAACCUUGCUAAUAACUUUUGAAUAGUAAGUGCUAGAACUUUGAUGUUUCACAUGAGUAUUCCUUGUGACAAGACCUUUCUGUGGGUAUCAACAUUUUUUACCCUGUGACCUUGGAGCUUACAUUCUUUUUGAAAACUUCAACCUUGCUAAUAACUUUUGAACAGUAAGUGAUCAAGCUUUGAUAUUUCACAUGAGCAUUCCUUGUGACAAGACCCUUCCGUGGGUACCAACAUUUUUUACCUGUAACCCUGACCUUGGGAGUCCUUGUGACCUUGGCCAUCUUUGGAAUUGGCCAUUAUUGGGGGCAUUUGUGUUUCACAAACACAUCUUGUUUUUUUUUUAAGCAUUACAUUGCAUUCUAAAGGAGAGAGGUGUAUCCUAUUGCCUUAUUACAUGAUGAAAUACUGUUUAGAUAUUCCUCAGAAGUGCAAUAAAAUUGGGGCAGUAAUUUUGCCAGAUAUGGUGGAAAAUCCAUGUGUUAUUUUUAUCUGUCAAUGAGUAGAUUUUGUUAAUAAGUUUAUGCCAAAAAAUAUUUCAUAUUAAUUAAGUUCAUUUAUUUGUUUGCACUAAACAUUGUGAAAGAAGCCAGAGUUAUUACGAGGCUUUUUUUUUUUCAUUCUUCAAAUUCUUAUGAAAUCUCUAUGCAGGUACACUGUACCAUUAUAUUUUUAUUUGAAAUGAAAAGUAGUGACACUGAAUUUGAUUUUUUUUUCAAAGAAAUUGCAAUAAACAUUUUUGAACUGGA